GUUUCCACCAUCAGCAAGUUCUUUUCUUCUGCAACAGUUCUCGCAGUAUGGAAGUAUUUUAAAACACGAAGUAUGUUAUUAUGUAAAGUUUAAACAUUUUUUGGAAGGAAGUUCUAUUUGGUAUAGCCUUUCUGUGUUUUAUUAUCGUUUUAUCAAGGUUGCCUCAAGUGGAAAUUGGAUGCACAUAAAAUACCAAUCAAAACUUCAAGCCAAAAAGGUAGCUGCAAAAUUCCAUUUUCUCAACACACAGUAUUCAUCACCACUAUUGUUGCUGUCAGCAGCAUCAUUACCACUAUAAUAAUGAUUAAUUAUCACCACAACCAUCAUCACCAUAAUCACCAUCAUAUCACCACAACCUUUAUCACUGUAACCAUCAUCACCAUAACCAUAUCAUCACCAUAACCACCAUAACCAUAUCAUCACCAUAUCAUCACCAUAACCAUAUCACCAUGACCAUAUUAUCACCAUAACCAUAUCAUCACCAUAACCAUAUCAUCACCAUAACCAUAUCAUCACCAUAACCAUAUCAUCACCAUAACCAUAUCAUCACCAUAACCAUAUCACCAUAACUAUAUCAUCACCAUAUCAUAAUAACCAUAUCAUCACCCUAACCAUAUCAUCACCAUAACCAUAUCAUCACCAUAACCAUAUCAUUACCAUAACCAUAUCAUCACCAUAUCAUAAUAACCAUAUCAUCACCAUAACCAUAUCAUCACCAUAACCAUAUCAUCACCAUAUCAUCACUAUAACCAUAUCAUCACCAUAACCAUAUCAUCACCAUAACCAUAUCACAUCCUUCAUCACCAUAACCAUCAUCACCAUAACCAUAUCAUCAUCAUGACCAUAUCAUCACAACCUUCAUCACCAUAACCAUAUCAUCACCAUAUCAUUACCAUAACCAUAUCAUCACCAUAACCAUGUCAUCACCAUAACCAUAUCAUCACAACCUUCAUCACUGUAACCAUCAUCACUGUACUGUCAACAUCAUUUGUGCACCAUCAAUAUCAUAUUAAGUAACAUGAUCACCAUUUAUGACAAAGAAAGUCGUCACCACCACCAUCAUUACAGUAACAUAUGUACUAAAAUUUCUUUGUUGAUGGUUUUGAUUAAUUUGGUUUUUAAUUGUCAAAGGCAUUGAGCAAAAAUGGGAAAAUAUUUGGCAACAAUAUGAUGGUCGGUGUUAAACAAUGCAUUGAUAAGGUAGUGGCAAUAAUAAGAACUGAUGCUUCGUAUUGAUAGGGGUGCAAGUACUUGAAAAAUACAAGGAAAACGUCGACGCUUUGAGCGAAGGCCCUUUCUCCUUGUAUUUUUUAGGGAAUUGCAUAUCCCUAUCAAUCCGAAGCUUUCUUUUCCCACUUUUAAGUUUUUCCCUUUAUUGUAUUCUUAAAAUCUUGUGGAUUUGUCAUUUCUUUCCUGCUGUAUAGAGUUUUAUGUUUGAAACUGGCAAAGAGAACCUUCCAACCUCAGCCACAACCUCGCUGUCUGUAUCAAGUGAUGUCGCUGUUCCUUCGCCAUCCAGAAAAACGCCCAUACGGCCUUUAACUGCGGCCUAUCAAGCAGCCAGUAGUGACAUUGAGGUACACACUAUGAUAGAGUAGGGUUUUGUAGACAGAAAUUGCGAGUGUGAAUUUUAUACAUUCAUCAGACUCACCCAAUAAGAGGUUGCCCUCAUUGGACCUAUUGGUAGAAAAGUUUAGAACUGGUAGAGCUGCUCAUACGUGCAAGUAAACAUAAUUACGAAGCUAAUUUUGUACGAGUUCCACUUCAGCACAAGCUCAUAUACUAAUCUAUAUUUUCAGGUUUCUGGGAGUACGUCAAACACCCCACAAAAGAAUAACAACUUGGUUUCCAAAGCUAUGGAGUACGUUUUUGGAUGGUAAUUACACGAAAUAGCCCUUCUGCAUUCAAAUUAUCGACUCUCUAUGAAAAACCAAUCUAGUAUAAUUGUAAAAAGCAAUACUCGGAAAAUCAAAAUAACUGUACAGUUGCACAGCAUGAUACCAUAAAUAAUAUCUCUGUUCAGUGGCCUAAUGGUCUAUUUGUCAUAACUUUAUUAUAGUAAAAUAAUACUGUAUAGUUAAAGCUGGUUUGCAUUUUAAAAGUUUCUGUGAUCACAGUGAUCGGAAUUUUGCGUAGGUGUAUUCUAUGUUUUGAAGGAUUUGUAAGAAGAGGGGACUCAUGACUAAAUUCUCUCAAACAUUUCUUACAAAUCCUUCAAAACUUAGAAUUUGCCUGUGCUGAAAAUUCCUACUUGGAAUUUGCCUAUACAAAAUUUCUAAUUCCUAUUACAGAAAGUUUGAUAGUGCAAACCAGUCUUUACCAAAAUGAAUCUUAUAUGUGGUAUAGCUAUAUGUAAAUUUCAACCAAAAACGGAACUUGCGGAUUAGGUACAGCACAAAAAAGAAACAAUAUAUAAGUUGCCGACAUGUUUAAAAUAGACACAUGUAUAGCCAGAGGAUUAAACGGAUGAGUGGACAAAAGAUAUAUUGCCGCCUGGUUUCCUAAUUGUCCAAUAAUGGUUCCUUAUUGCAAUACCUUAUUUACAUAAUAAUAAACAUUUUGUGAUAGAAAUUCUUGAGAGUCCAUGCUAUAAUAUGUCUGAAAAGUGUUUGAUCAACCGAUGAAUAUAUUUUGUAAAGUACGAAGGCUAGUAUAUAUACGAAUGUGAUUACAGGCUUUAAACUACACCGGAUAGCUUUUCGUAGCGACGUGGAUAAACAACUAUCCGUACCUUGUAGGAAUGCUAUUUUCACAGGAAUUAUUGCAACGGAGAGAUGUUUUUUCGCUCAGCUUCUGAAAGUUAUACAUUCUGUGCCGGAUAAGUGCUUUUUCGCGCCGCUACGGAAUGCUAUCGGAUACAAUGUAGCCACAGUUUUUUCUUCUUUCAAAAAGUCUCGUUCUCGGGCGUGCACGUGCAAACGCUAUAAGUUUCCAUUGCGUGAAGACCAUUUUCAAAAUUUUGCGUUUUCGGCUUGCUUGGUCCGUUGGUCGGCAUUUGACAUGUGGACGAAAUUUUGAAACGAAUCGGUACGAUACCGACCCAGUCGCAUUAAUUAGCCCCAUCCACACAGAAACUAUAUGAUAGAGACGGACUGAUGACGUCUUUAUUACGUCACUGGAGUAUUUUCUUUCACGUGCGAGAAAUGGGAGAAAAGACGCGUUCUGGGUUCGAUUCUAUCAUGACACUGUACGUGCCAGAUAGCUUCCCGUAGCGACGUGAAAAACUGACCUAUCCGUACCUUUUAGGGGCCGAUUACAUGGAGCAUUUUCAACCCCAGGGUUGAACUCAGCCCUGUUUACCGGGUUGAAAUUUCAGCCCUGUCUGUAAUACAAAACUCUAUCAAAAUCAAACGCGCGAUUACAUGACAAAAUUUUCAACCCCGGGGCUGAACUCAGCCCUGGGUUGAAAAUUUUGUUAUGUAAUCGUUUCAACGCAGGGCUGAAAUUAUCAUGAGUUAUUCGAGCAUACGUGGUAGUGAUUAUUAAUUAUUACAUGAAAACAAAAUAAAGGCUUUUUUACUUCGGCGAAUCGAUACAGAGAACGUAUAGUAUAGCGUUUCAACCCUGGGGUUGAAAUCGUCCAUGUAAUCGCAAAAAAUUUCAACCCGGUUAACAGGGCUGAGUUCAACCCCAGGGUUGAAAGUUCUCCAUGUAAUCGGCCCCUUAGGAACGCUAUUUUCAGAGGAAUUAUUGCAACGGAGAGAUGUUGUUUCACUCAGCUUCUGAAAGUUGUACAUUCUGUAUCGAAUAGAUGCUUUUUCGCGCCGCUACCGGAAAAGCUGUCCGGUAUAGUGGAUACUCGCAUGUUAGACGAAUCGCCGAAUGCCUCCAGUGUCACUCUUAGACAUCACGUGGUGCUCCCGUUUCCUCUUGUACUAACACAGAAGCAAUAUGGAAUAUAUGGGUCUUACCGGAUUUUAGAGAGAACAGUUUAGAACUGAUAUAACUAUCAAGUAUAAACACAACCAAUCUAGUUCUUGUUCCCUACUUUAGUAACACUUUGCCACAGUAAGUAAGAGAUGGCCCUUGCUGGACUCAGAGCCGCAGAGAGAAUUCGCGGGCCCGGGGCAAAUCUUCCCUGGGGGCCCCAUGUCAUCGUUAUUUAGACUGCAUGUGGAGGUAGUGUAAGGGGUAAAGAUGCUCUGACCAAUAUAAAGAACCUACUCAAUUUUAGGCUUUCGCUCUCAAGUUUGGCCCUAUUUAGGUGGGGGUCCGGGGCAAUCCCCUCCCCCCUCCUGCCCCCCUCUUGGCGGCCCUAGCUAGAUCUCUAGGAAGAACAUGGUCAUACAGCCGUUAAAUUAAAACGUCCCUUUUGUUGCAUGUUUGCGACUGGAUUUGAAGUUCUGUUGCCAUGGAAUUCGUUUCAUAUUAAAAUCGUUCCCUCAAAAUAUAUCAAGUUUACAGCUCACCGUUUGUAAUGCAAAUCAGUAUUUAUUUGCAACAUUUCGACAUCUGACACCAGCUUGAGACCUAUCCCAAGAUGCAAUGCUGUCGCGGUGCUUAUGACUUGAUUGACAGCUGCGAUAUGUCUAAGGAUAAGGCGGAAAGCGGAACUCUCAGAGAGAAAGAAAAGCUUACAACAAACAUGCUUAAAAUCGAAAAUGUUGCCUUCUUUUCACCGAUAACGUGAAGCUUUCGCAUCGGUAAGUCUCGGUACGGCUUGUCUGUGAGUGUCGUUGAGAAAUUGCCACGAUUUAUGGGCGAAUUUCAAGGCUAUACGUUCGGUUUCCUAGACAAUGUAAGGGCUGAGUAAUCAUUAUGGGGAGGGUUCUAUUAGCAAUAUAUACUCAAAGUCUGUCGUCUGAAUUUGGUGGGUUUUCGCAUGGUAAAUGCUGAUUUUAUAAUUUUUAUGGAUGGGAUAAAGGCUAUAUUAUGCAUUAGUGGAAGAAUUUUCCUGAUCCGAGCAUUUUGGCUUAAAAUAAAAAUAUUUAAAUGAAUAUUGUCUAUAUAUACAUUACGGCUAUAUAGGCAUAUAGUCGCAGCUUGUAGUGACGUCAGGGCAGUAGAGACUUUUAUCUAAAGCGAGCCAAUCAGCGUCGAGUUGUGGCCAAGCUCGUGUUGCUUCGUGGGAAGCGGAGAGAUCACUUGUGAACAACACUCUGUUCGAAAGAAUACGUAUAUCAUACAUAGUGCUGUAAAAUUGUUGAAUUUUGCUGGUUUUGCUUAAAAAUCUCCGGUUUUCUUUACGGAUCGUGUUUCGAGAAUGAACGACGGCUCUCUGAGAGGUAUUAUAUUUGAAAAUUGGUUAAAAACCGAGCCGUGUGCAGCGACGAUAGUUGACCGUUCGCGACCCUUGAGUGUUGGCUUGUUUUGACUGUUUUCUUGUGUUUUCUGUGCAAUCUUUAACUAAAUUUGCUUUCCUUUUACAUUCUAGUUGCCCCGAGGAGGUUCUCCGAGGAUGGCAUGAAUAAUAUGGUAAGAUAUUUCACGAUUUCGCGGCGAAAACCGAGCCUUGUUUACCACGCUCAAAUUUGAAUGACUUGUGUAACACACAAAUUGCUGUUUUGUGCUAACGUCGUUUCGCUAACAAAAUACACCAUUUACUUCGUUUUUUAGAACGUACCCGAACCAAAAAAGCAACGGAGAAGUUUAGAAGAGUUCAACUCGUUUUGCAGCUAUGUAUUAGCUUACGAAGCUCGACUACAAGAGGUGUGUGGCUGAUUCUCUUCGACUCAUUGUUAAUGUUGUGGUGUUUUCUGUGCGUUAAAAUGUUGCUUAAGCGUACAGUUCUGCCUUUAUUUUGACACUGUCUAUUUUAUUAUUCCUUCGUGUAUGUUGGUAAAGCGAUCGAGCUAAAAAUAUGAACAAGAACCCACAUUUUUCUUGCAAGCAUUUCGGCCAUGCGAAUUUUUACUCGUAUGUGUUGUCGUGUGUUCUGUGGCGUUAAACCUCUACAAAACCUUAUCAUUUUGUCGUUAUUUUUAAAUGAUCUUUCCCCCUACGUCUUGUUGUUUGUUGUUUAAGCGGUGGAGUUAAAAAUCCGAAACGGAACCCGUACUUUUUUUGCAAAAUUUUUCGAACAUUCUUGCAUGCGAACUUGCAAGAUGGCGCUGUUGUCUUUAUAUAAAUUCUUUGUGUUGCUUUACCGUAGGAACGGCGACGAAGGCAAAGUCCAAAAUCGUCAGGAGAGGAAAGCACAAGUUCUAGUACAGAUUCGGCUUACAGCGAAAGCAUUUCGUCGCCAGAUAGUUCAGACGAACGACUUUUGGACAACGUUGAUGAAGAAUACGACUCAGGUUUGUCAUACAAGUACAAAUUGAAAUCGUCGUUCGGACGUCGUACCAUUUCCCCAACGCUUAAAAUUUUGAUUUUAUGCUCUGAGAUGGAGCUAUUUUUUAUACCUGUUAGAAUGCUUGUAUUUCCAAGUCGUUCUCAGCCUAACUUCAGUUAAAUUUGUGUUCUUUCAUUUCUGCCAUAAAUUGAUAAAUGUACGUAUUUGACAAAAUUUUGAGACGUUAUUCGCGCGUCAUGUCUGCUCCCCAAUGUUUAAAAUUUUGAUUUUAUGCCCUAGAGUUAAGCUAAUACAUUGUCUAAGUAAGCCUUCUUCUACUCCUGUGAGUUUUCGAGCUUUAUUUGUGUUGAUUUUGUUUUUUUUCGACCACUUUAGGUGACGAAUCGUGGAAUAAAGUAACGUGUUUUUGCGAGAAGCCUUUCGCAGGUAUGCCGUGAUAUUUUCGUGCUUUCUACUCGAAAGUUUUCCUAUAUUAAUACAUACCAUUUGCUUUAAAAGGCCCGUCUUGAUAAACAACAACAAUUUAAGCCCUUAUCCUAGAUUUUUCGAGCAAAAUUGUCACACAAACCGUUUGCAAAAUUACGAUGUAUUUUGCGGACAAGUUCGAGUCCGUGUUUUUUGCUGGUGCCCUUGCAAUGAAAUUUCAACUUAUUUUGAUUUUUGACAGCCGUUUUGAUCUGCCCGUAUAAACAGUUUUGAAACCGUAUUUAUUUUGCUAUAUAACGUAGAUUUUACUACAACUUUAAGCCCGCUCCAAAGUUCGUUUCAUUUGAACGAUUUACUAACAAAUUGAGCGGUGUUUAACAUGAACUUUUUGUGAUCCCAUUGUGUUGCAACUAGUUUGUUUAUAAACGAAAAAAAUUGUCACUGUUUCUUUUUAAAAAUAGCUGCAUACGGUUGUUAUAAAGCGAGCACAGUUCGCUGUCUUACAUAUUUCCCCCAUUUUUUAACCCGGAAAAGCGUUAAAAAUCAUUUCAACCACAGAAAUAUGCGAGUCAAGUGUAAUACCGGUUUUGCACGAAACGUUGUCAUUCUAAUAAUGAUGGCUGAAUUAUGUUAAAUUUAGUGGAAUUAGGGGGCUUUAACUCUCUUAAAACUACUUCAAAUAACGUUUUCAGUGUUGAUGUUGUAGUGUUAUUUCAUAGUUUGUUAUUAUUAAGACGCCUUGUGUCAUGUUUUGUGGGAUUUUAAAUUGUCAAUAAAUAAUCAAUCCCAAAACAGUUGGCCCAGGAAUGUUUUGGUGUCAGUCGCUUCUUGCUUACAUACACGAAAUUGUAUGGACUAUAUGUUUUGUUUAUUUCUUGUUUUUUAUAUGAUAUGUUUACGAUAUGUCUUGGCAACAAAAAACAACGAUUUCUAUCCUCCCCCCAGGGAUUUUGUCCUUACUGUAAAAUAUGUUGAGUGUAUUUUUUUGCCUUCCCCUUUGGAGACUUUUGUCGUACCAGCAUAUCCACAGUUGGUCACGAGAAGACUUUUUCCAGUUUGAGUCUAGCUAGCCAAAUGCUGUCCAUGUUCUCUCCUGGUACAAGGGUUUCCUGCUGUAGUAACACUAUACCGGCACCAAUAAACAGUGACAUUUAACCUAACCUCUGUCGAAAACAAUUUAGAUCUGAUAGAGAUAUCCAGUAUAAGUAAUGUCCAACACAAGAUAUAUUGAGAUUGAUAAAUACAUUAAAUAAUCGAGUGCGAGCAUUCGCCCCUUCAUGAGUAAAAUUGUCUGCUAUUAAGAGUAAAAUAGUAAAGGACACAUCAAGGUGCAUAUUUUCAUCAUAAAGGGUUAACAGGAUAAAUGGGCAGAUUAAACCAUUGAGCAGCAGUACUCUCUCCUUGACUUGUAAAAUCAUCUGGCAUUAGACAGAGUAAAAUAAUAAAGUAGGGCACAUCAAGAUGUAUUUGCCACUAAGGGUUAAGGUUGAUUUACACUACACAACGUUUGACUAAAACAGUCGCAUGUAAUCUGCUUACAACUUGAGUUGUACUGUGUAAAUCAAGCACACAACUCACCUACAACCUUGUACAACUAAGCACUUUUUAACAUUGUGAUUAUUUACUUCCUCAGGUCGGCCGAUGAUCGAGUGUUCGGAGUGUUUAAUUUGGAUCCAUCUUUCGUGUGCAAAAAUCCGAAAAUCAAACGUCCCUGAAGUUUUUGUGUGUCAGAAGUGCCGCGAUGCAAGACACACGAUGAGGAGGUCGCAACGAGUAAAGACCACGCCUAGUCCAAAGCGUACGUGA